AUAUUAAAAAGUUAUUUAUGAUUGCAAAAUUACAUAGAAUUUUUUGCUCUCGAAGCCGCUUAAUCGAACGGCGAAUCAGAGACCAAAGCUGAAGCUUCGUUCCCUCGCAUUUUCUUUGGCGCCAAAAUCUGUCAUCUUGGACAUUGAGUUAGGGUUUUCGGUUCUUCCUCUUCUCUUAACAAUCUUUAAUCUUAUUAUAACUCAAAUACAGGGAGAAGUUUACUAGGUUUUAAUCCUCAAUUUUCUCGCUAUACUAUUGAUGCGAGGGUUAUUUUCUGAUCUACUAUGGACGGAGGAGUUGCCGUCGAUUCCCCGACCAUUAAGCCCAUUAACAAAGGUAUUGUCCACAGAAUUUGCGCGGGGCAAGUGAUUCUUGACCUUUCUUCCGCCGUCAAGGAGUUAGUCGAGAACAGCUUGGACGCCGGAGCCACUAGCAUCGAGAUUGCCUUGAAAGAUUUCGGGGAAGAGUGGUUCCAGGUCAUUGAUAAUGGCUCCGGCAUUUCUCCUACCAAUUUCAGGGUUCUUGCUCUUAAGCAUCAUACGUCAAAAUUGUCUGAUUUUCCUGAUCUCCAGUCUUUAACCACGUAUGGUUUCAGAGGAGAGGCACUAAGUUCUCUUUGUUCUCUUGGGAAUUUGACUAUUGAAACAAGGACAAAAAAUGAGCCAGUUGCAACGCACUUAACUUUUAAUCAUUCAGGACUACUAGUUGCAGAAAAGAAAACUGCACGCCAAGUUGGAACAACUGUCAUGGUUAAGAAGUUAUUCUCGAAUUUACCUGUGCGUAGUAAAGAGUUCAGUCGCAAUAUUCGAAAAGAAUAUGGCAAGCUCAUUUCAUUAUUGAAUGCUUAUGCUGUCAUAGCGAAAGGAGUUAGGUUUGUAUGCACUAAUUCUACAGGGAAACAUGCAAAAUCUGCAGUAUUCAAAACUCAAGGAAGUGGUUCCCUCAAAGAUAAUAUCAUAACAGUGUUUGGGAUGAACACCUUCAAUUGCUUGGAGUCUGUAUCUAUACUUUUAUUAGAUGAUUGCAAAGUUGAAGGAUUUGUAUCCAAGAGUGGACAGGGAAGUGGGAGGAAUUUGGGAGAUCGGCAAUUCUUUUUUGUAAAUAAUCGACCUGUGGAUAUGCCUAAAGUGGGCAAGCUUGUAAAUGAGCUAUAUAAAAGUGCAAACUCCCGACAAUAUCCAAUUGCAAUCUUGAAUUUCACUCUUCCAUGUAAAGCUUGCGAUGUCAAUGUAACUCCCGAUAAGAGAAAAAUAUUUUUCUCUGACGAAACUCAUAUUCUGCAAACAUUGAGGGAGGAAUUACUGAAGAUCUAUUCACCCACUAAUGCCUGUUAUUCUGUGAAUAAAGUUGAAGAACCUACUAAACAAGUAGAUAGCCUUGAGCUGUGUUAUGAUAAUGGUAAAGUGAGUAUGUUAUUGGCACAUUUCUCACCAGAUGGAGAUGAUCUUAAAGAUGCUCCUUGCCAUAAGCCUUUGGCUGAUGAUGAUGAUUCUCUCAAGAUAAUUAAAAAUGUGGAACAAUCCUCACAUGCUAUUGAGGUAGUGAAUAGUGAUGGUGAGGAAAAUAUAACCAGAAAGGACUUCGCUCUUAGAGUGCAUGGCAUGAAGAAGGCUGGUUCUCUUUUAAAGGAUCACGAUCAGCAUAAGAAAACUUAUCUCAGUGACAGGAAAGGCGAACAAGUUACUCCUUCCUCUCCAAGUGUGACUGGUAGUGGAAUUGAUUCAACCCGUGUUCAAGCAUCACUUGACAAGUUUGUAACCAUAAAUAAGAGAAAGUAUGAAACUUUAUCUGCACCGUUGUCUGAAGUGCCUGUCUUAAGAAGCCAAUUUCUUAAUAAUCAAUGGAAGAAAAGCUCUGCUGAUAAGCCUUCCAAAGAUGUGAAAUUCACACAUGGCAAACACCCAGCAGUUGAUGGUUAUUUAGAAGGGAAUGAUGAUGACAACUACAUACAACUAAAACCAGACGGAAUCUUCAGUAAAACUGGUCUUCCACUUUCUUCUGAGGACCAUUGUGAUGAUGAAGAAACAACAGAGGAGUUUUCGGAGGAAGCCAAGGUGCCUCCUGUAAUAGAAUCAACUGCUACACCUACCAAGGAUCUCAAGAUUAUGUCUGAGGACCUUUCCAACUCUUCGGUACAUCCUUCUGGUUCUAUGACGGAAAGCUCCAGUCCUCAGCUAAAGUUAUGUUCAACUUUUCAUUUUGAUUUUCAUGGGCUGAGGGAAAGGAGGUUGCAGAGGCAUUUGAGAUGCAAAUUGAAUGGCUAUACAUGUGAAAGAAAAGAGUUGAAAUGCCACUAUGCUGCUGCUACUCUGAAGCUUUCCCAACCUGAUAAUGAAGACAGGAAAGCAAGAGCUUUAGAGGCAGCUGCUAGGGAGCUGGACAGGCUCUUCAGAAAGGAAGAUUUUAGUAGAAUGAAGGUGAUUGGACAAUUCAACCUUGGAUUUAUUAUUGGGAAAUUAGAUCAAGAUUUAUUUAUCGUUGAUCAGCAUGCUGCUGAUGAGAAGUACAAUUUUGAGCGACUGUCACAGUCGACAAUUUUGAACCAACAGCCCUUACUACGGCCGUUGAGGUUGGAAUUAUCUGCUGAAGAAGAAGUUGUGGUUUCAAUUCACAUGGACGUAAUCAGGAAGAAUGGAUUUACUCUAGAGGAAGAUCCACAUGCUCUACCUGGAAAUCGAUUCAAAUUAAAAGCUGUCCCUUUCAGUAAAAAUAUAACAUUUGGAGUUGAAGAUGUUAAGGACCUUAUUUCUACUCUUGCUGAUAGUGAAGGGGAGUGUUCUAUAAUCGGAUCUUACAGGAUGGACACGGCCGAUUCAGUCUGCCCUUCCCGGGUUCGAGCAAUGCUGGCAUCACGCGCAUGCAGAUCCUCUGUUAUGAUUGGGGAUCCUCUAGGGAGAAAUGAAAUGCAGAAGAUACUUGAGCAUUUGGCAGAGUUGAAAUCUCCUUGGAACUGCCCUCAUGGAAGGCCAACCAUGAGACACUUGGUGGACCUCACAACCAUUCAAAGGUCAGAUGAAAAUGACAUUUAACUCUUGAAGGUUUCUUUUCUUCUCUGUCUCUCUUUUUGGCUCAGAAUGUUGUUUUUAACUUAUCUUGGGGAACCUGGUUUCUCUGGUUGCUAAUUGGUAAAAAGUUAGAAUUAUUCCCAUCCUUGUGUAAAAUGUAAAUAUGUAGGAACUAACACAACUAUAUUAUUAUUAGUAAAGGCAUCAUUCAUGCA